AUGUCCUUUUCGGAUCUCCCGUUCUCGCAGGGACCCUUCGCUCCACACUGGGUUCCGAAGCAAUACAUCGAAAACUACUUUUCCAGUCACCAGACAGACAAAUAUCUCGUAACCAACACAACAGUUGAAGGUAUUUCGAAGCUUGAGAGCGCAAUUACAAGCAAUUCUCAAUGGUCGCUCACCUUGAGACGCUUCCAUCCUGUGAACCAACAAGACGAAUGGUGGCAGGAGGACUUUGACGCAGUCAUCAUCGCUAACGGGCACUACUCUGUGCCCUAUGUACCCAGCGUUCCCGGCCUCGAAGAUUACAAGACCAUCUUCCCAGACAAAGUCAUCCACUCCAAGCAAUUCCGCUCCGCUACAGACUUCACUCAACAAAGAGUAAUAAUUAUAGGCAACUCAGCCUCCGGACAAGAUCUGACAACAUCACUUGUCCGCGAAGCCGCUCACCCCAUAUACCAGUCCCGCCGAUCAGCAGGUCGAUGGGACGGCGACGAGCCUCCACCAGGCGUGGAAUGGAAGCCCGUGAUUACGCGAUACGAGCGAUCGGGGGAGAUAGUGUUUGCAGAUGGGUCGACUAUACCCGGCGAUGAAAUUGACAAGGUCAUUUACUGUACCGGAUAUAAGCCUUCGUUUCCAUUCUGGAAUAUCCAGCGAGGUGGACAACCACUUUACGAUUACAGCGAAGGUCGAUUGGUGGGCAGCUAUCUGCAUACCUUUUUCAGGGAACUUCCUUCCAUGGCUAUUAUUGGUUUGCCAAGGGUCUUGACAUUUCGUUCCAUGGAGUAUCAAGCUAUUGCUGUUGCGCGGGUGUGGUCUGGUCGUGCCGUCUUGCCUGAUAAGGGAGAGCAAAAGCUCUGGGAACGGAAUCGUGUCGAGCUGACGAAGCGGGAACGACGAAAGUUUCAUGAUAUAUCGUGGGAUGAUGGGGAAACGGUGCAGUACCUACAGGCCUUAUUCGAUCUUGCGGGCCUGCCGAGGCUGGAUGGUUCGGGGAGAUACCCGCCUGUUCUGGAUGAGAGAACGAGGUGGGCCAUUCAGAAUAUCAAGAAAUAUCCUGAACCAAAGAGAAAAAAGGAUCAAGAUGAAGAUGGCUACGUGGUUUUCAGCGCUGGGGAACUCAAGGAUAGUCUUCAUUUUAUCUGA